GAAUAUUCCAUUAUUGUGUUUUUAAUUAUAAAGUGAAACAUUAACUAAACAUCAAUUGACAUUUUACAUGCACUGAAGGCAAAAUGUAAGUUGUUUUGGUUACUCCUUUAAAUGAAGUCAAUCGUUUUAUCGUCGAUUGUUUAAAAGCAGUGGGGACGAAAGAAGAAUAUGCUAAAAUUUUUGCGGAAAAUCUUGUGACAGCGGAUUAUCGAGGGCAUUACAGUCAUGGUUUAAACAGACUAGGUGAUAUCAUUUAAUUAUAAGGAAUCGCACAGAUUUAAAUGUACAUCAGCGUAAUUCUGAACAAAUCAUGCAACCCCAACGCUGAACCAGCAGUAGAAAGAGAAACAGUAGCUACAGCGUUAGUAAAUGGCAAUAAUGGUUUGGGAUCUGUGGUCGGAAAAUUUUGUAUGGAUCUGGCUAUAAGGAAAGCCAAAGAUGUAGGAAUUAGCAUGGUUACAGCUUAUGGUUCUAAUCAUUUUGGUAUAGCUGGAAUAUAUUCACUUCAAGCGAUGAAGCAGAACUGUGUCGGUAUUUGUUUUACGAACACGUCACCUGUAAUGCUUCCUACUCGAGGAAGACAAUCUGCGCUGGGAACAAAUCCAUUAUCAUUUGGAGCUGGAAAUGCACAUGAUCAAGUUGUUUUGGAUAUGGCCACUACCACUGUAGCUGUAGGAAAAUUAGAGAUCAAAAAAAGAAAAGGUGAGUCUAUUCCAAAAGGUUGGGCUUGUGAUAAUGAUGGUAACGUGACAUCAGAUCCAUCAGUUGGAAUGAAAUCUGGUAAGCUUUUACCUCUGGGAGGCGAGGAAGAAAAUGGUGGUUACAAAGGUUAUGGACUAAGCUUACUAGUUGAUGUAAUGUCUGGAAUUUUUUCAGGCUCAAAUUAUGGCACUAACGUCCCAAUGUUCGGUGGCGUGGAAACCUCCAACUUAGGACAAACCUUUAUUGCAAUCAAUCCAGAAGUAUUUGCACCUGGUUUCCAAGACAGGCUGUCAGAUUUGUUAGGCUUAGUUAGAAACACAGAACCAAAAGACAAAACUAAACCAGUCCUAGUGCCUGGUGAUCCAGAAAGAAUACACAUGGCUCAAGUCGAUAGUCAGGGUGGAUUGAGAUAUAUUCAAGAUCAACGUAUAUCAUGUGCCAAAUUAGCUGAAAAGUUGAAGAUUCAGCCGAUGAAAUCGUUUGAAUUGAAAUAAUAAAGUUAUAAUAAUAAAUAUUUAAGUUUAAAAUUAUGUGUGAUGGCGAAUACUACAAUAUGAUCGAAAAAAAGGCGUCAGCGAUGGCUAUGAAAUGAAGAUCGUUUUUAAUUUUAAAUGUAAAAUAGGGAUGUUGAAAAUGUAACUACUCGUUACUCAUCUAUAUCCGAAGUAAAAGGUACCGAAUUUAAAGCCAUACAGUUACUUUGAUUACUAUUACUACUUGUAGUAUUUAUAAUGGGUCGUACUUAUACGUAAUGUGUAUAGUAUUGCAUUGUAAAAAUGUUAUCAAAUGCGAAUUCUACGAAAACAUAAUAGUCGUAUAAUAGUAUCUAGGUUAUUUUCCAAAUACCCUAUUUUACAAAUAAUAGUAUCUAGGGUAUUUUCCAAAUACCCUAGAUACUAUUAUACGAUUAUUAUAUUUUCGUAGAAUUCGUCAUUUGAUUACAUUUAGGAUAUAAUACUAAGCAUAUUAGGGAUACGAUUACAUAUUACGAUAAGAUAGAUUAAAUGAUAAAUACUAUAAAUAGUUAAAUUUUCCCCCCUAUUUUCAGUAGUUUCACCCCUUUAAAGACCUCUGUGUAAAAUUUCAUAGUUCUAGGACAUAUUUUUUUAAUUUUUUAUACUUACAAUAUUUACCCCUAAUUUUAUUCCCUUAAGAGAGAAUAAUAAAAUGUAAUUGAACACUAAGAAGCGAUUUUCGGAAAUUCAACUUUUCAGAGGGUGAAACUACCGAAACUAGGGUUGGAAAUUUGUAUUUUUUUAAAUACAAAUUGACGAAAGUGGAUACUAGAUUUUUGAAAAUUUAUUCCCUACGAGGGUAAAGUUUGGUUUGGUUAGGUUAGGUUAGGUUGUAAAUAAUAGUAAUAAUGUAAAUAGUAAUAAUAGUAAAUAAUAGUAAAAUAAUAAUGUAAAAUACGUGGUGAAAUUUUGUAUAUAUUUUUUUAAAAUUAGUCCUAGGGGUAUGAUAUUUUGAAUAGAGAUUUCUUAAGUGGCGAAGCGUUUUUUUGGAAACUCACCUCCAAAGAGGGGAAAUAAGGGGUGAAAAUUAUUUCAAAAAUUUAUUAUAAUGGGUUUUAGAAGUAUGAAAGUUUGCGUAGAAGUUUCUUUAGAUCCAUUUUUAGAAAUUCGCCUUUUAAGGGUGUGAGAUGAGGGGUGAAUUUUCAGAAAAAAUAUUUUAGUAGUAUGAAGAUUUAUUAUAUAUAAAAUUUUGUGCCCUUAAGUGAUAUACUAUGAAAGUUCUAUGAAGUAAGUACUAUGAAACGAUUUUUAAAAUCCCCUAAGAGAGUGAAAAUAGGGGUGAAAUUUUGUACAAAUGAACUUUUGAAUAUUUGUACAAAAAAUUGUUAUGGUUCUAGAAGUAUUAAAUUUAUACACAGAGAGUCCAUUAAAUGAAAAAAGUGGGUAGGAAGAAUCUAUUUUUGAAAAUAUAUCCCUUAAGCAGGUGAAAUUAGACACAAAGGUUGACAAUAGUUGACAAAAUUGACAUCAGUACCAAAAUCAUAUAUUAUAUAUGAUUAAAUAUUAAAAUAUAAGAAGUAAUCAUAGUAAUCAAAGUAACGAUUAUCUGAAAUUAUUACUUAUAGUAGAGUGCUUUAAGCCCUUAUGAGAUACAAACCUCCGAAUUCAUUUACU